ACAAUAACAUAGUUCCCUCAGUAGCCCCAAGCUGUUUGUGAACCGUGUAAAAGAAGCCACAGCGCUUUGAAAAUAAAUUAGAACACCAGUAAUCUGUUUGAAUAACGACGUGUUCUUCAUUUUAGGAAGCAGUAGUGGGUAGACGAUAUCACAACUUAGUGCAGCAGAUGGAAUGGCGGUUUGCGAUUCCUUAUUUUUCUUUUGCUGUGGAGCGGAAGGAUAUGCUUUGUAGAUGCUGACAAUGUGGACGGUGGUUAGUAUGUCUCACAGAAGAUGAAGUGGGUUACAUUUGUAACGAACGUGGGGCCUAUCAUCGUAUAGGAUUAUUUCUACUGCUAUGUGCUUCUCUUUGUAUGGCUAUACAUUUAAGUUGUUGCGCACUUUCGUGUGAUAAGUGUAUGAAUAAGGGUAUCGUUUUACUGAAGAUAGACUUGAACUAAUUUGCCUUGUCUGUUGCUACCGUAGAAGGGAGAAUACCCAAGCUGUUGCCGGCGCUGCCUACAACGAGACCUAGUUAAACUCAGCGUCCCAGCUUUGAACUGUAUACAGCCAUACCAACCUUGUUGUCCUGGCCAGUGAGUUAUACAUGCGUUGUACACUUUACUUUACGGGCCAUUUGGAUGUUGGAUUAGUUUUAAGGUAUUGUACUGUAAAAAAAUUCUAUUAUGAAUUCACAGCAGCAGAGAAUGGCUGCAGUUGGAACAGACAAAGAAUUGAGUGACCUGCUGGACUUCAGUGCGAUGUUUCCUCUACCAGUGGCUAAUGGAAAGAAUAGACCAACAACAUUAGCAAGCAACCAGUUUGGAGGAGGUCUGGAUGAAAGAACAGGAUCAGGUUCAUGGGGUACGGCUGAUCAAAACAGUUCCUCAUUUGAUCAAGGGAGAGGCUAUGGAGAAGGAUCUCAUUAUGGUGAGCAUAGAGACCUGACGACUCAUGAAAAUAUGUCUUCGCCUUCAUUUAUAAACUCUGGAUUGGUUGGUGAGUUUGCAGUGCAGUCAAACUGUAGAAAUAGGGGUAGCUUUCUUGGCAACGAGAUUGGAAUCUCCAGUCCAGGUACCCUCUCUCCUUCUGGAGUCAAAGGAGGAUCACAGUACUUCUCAACAUAUCCCAGUAACUCUCGCAGGAGACCUGCAAAUGGCACCAUUGAGGGCCAGGCUAAAAAGGUUCGCAAGGUUCCACCGGGUCUACCUUCAUCGUCAAAGAAAGUUAAUGGUCUGCACACCUCACCUGACCUAUGGAGUUCAUCCAGCUCGAUGAGCCAGCCGGGAUAUGCGGCUGUAUUGUCCAGUGCUUCACCACCAGUAUCUCAGCCUGGAGGGUUCAGCAACCUGCACUCACAAGAGCGAAUGAGUUAUACACUACAUUCUGGGGAAGUGAAUGGUGGUCUUCCUACAGUGUCUGGAUUUCCUGCUGGUUCCAACCCUUAUGGUGUGUCUAACCACUCGUCCCCCAUUUCUGCAGCAGAAAGUAUAAUGUCUAACAGAGGAGGUACAGCAGGAAGCUCUGGAGAUGCACUGGGAAAAGCAUUGGCUUCAAUAUAUCCUCCUGAUCACUCAAGUAAUACAUUCUCAUCCAGUCCUUCAACACCUGUUGGAUCACCUCAAGGACUUGCAGGAACAUCACAGUGGCAACGGUCUGGAGGACAAGGUGCCUUAUCUCCUAACUAUGAAGGCAGUAUCCAUGGUUUGCAAAACAAGGUAGAUGACAGGUUGGAGGAAGCAAUUCAUGUUUUGAGCCGCCAUGUUAGAGGGCAGACACCAGGCAUGUCCAGUAGCCAUGGAGAUGUACAAAACCUGUUGGGAGCAGCAGUUGCUGCAGUCACAGCUCACAGUGGAGGAGUAGGAAGCCUUGGACAGAGUUUUCCUCCAGCAGUUGUACCAGCCACAAACAGACAUUCAGCAGUGGUAAGGCGGGUGAAUCACCGUGAAGAUGGAUUACACAGCACUGUACCACUUGCAUCACAGUCCAACACAUUGCCUGACCUUAGCAGACAAGAUACAUACAGUGGUGAGAACACAGCUUCUACUCUGCAGCUAAAAAUGGAUCAUGUCAGACAGUGGCUGGGCAGUGGAGUAACCCGAACGAGUGUCUCCACAGGAGUUGGGACUGACAUCAAGCAAGAGGAGAAAGAGGACGAUGAAAACACAUCUGUUACAGAAAUUUCCGAAGAUGAAAAGAAAGAAUUCAAAUCUUCCAGAACCAGAACAAGUAAUGGUGGUGAUGAGGAUGAUGAUGAGGACCUUUCCCCAGAGCAAAAGGCUGAGAGAGAGAAGGAGCGAAGGGUUGCCAAUAAUGCCCGUGAGCGACUACGGGUACGUGACAUCAAUGAGGCCUUUAAAGAACUCGGACGCAUGUGCCAGCUCCACCUUAACAACGACAAACCGCAAACCAAACUACUUAUACUACACCAGGCCGUAUCAGUCAUACUGAACCUGGAGCAACAAGUAAGAGAGCGUAAUCUGAAUCCUAAAGCUGCUUGCUUGAAACGUAGGGAAGAAGAGAAGGUGUCUGGAGUAGUUGGAGACCCUCAGAUGCCACUUUCAGCUACACAUCCCAGUCUCGGUGAUGGCCAUAAUCCUGUAGGACAUAUGUGAGAACAGUUCGUGCAUUGCUUUGGAUCUGCAACCGUAGAAGGACGUGUCCUUUGUCUUCCUGAAGUAUAAUGCUGGAUUACUGCCAGAACUGACAGAGAUGGAAACUGCCCAGAGUAUCUCUAGCAGAAUAUACAAACCAGGAGUGCGUUUGCCUUUGUACAGCUUGGAGUACUACUACUACUACUACUUAAAUUACACACAACUUUUGGCAGGCAGCUCCUGAAAGCUGCAACUCUUUUUCAGAUUGCGAGUGUGUUACAUGUCGCCCUCCUCUUAUCUGUGGAGAGAGAAAAGCAGGAACCUGUGCCUAUUCUAUCAGUUUUUUAACAUAAAGACAGUAUAAUGUCAGUUAUUUUUAUAUAGAACAAAAAGUUAAGACAUUUUUGUUUUGUUUCUGUUUAGUUAGCAACUAACUGUCAUGCUCUCUUUCAGUUGGAGCAGCCAUUAUGGCCAUGUGUAUCACUCCAAACUCAAGGUUUCGUCAUGUUCCCAUAAACUGGUUAUUUUGCCCACUUUAUUAAUAUGCAAACAUUUUGGCCAUAGUUGCAAGUCAUCUAAUGUUGAAUGCCUUCCUGUUUUGAAGGUGAAAUAUUUUCCUUUAAAACCCCCCUCCAUAUGCUGCCUGUUUUUUGUGUCAAGUCAUUCAUUGAUUACGUGUGCCCUUCUUGACUGGCUUGAAUGCAUGCAUAGUGCAUAACAGAUGCUGCAAGCAUUGCAAGGAAAACUGCAGGUGAACAAGAAACAGUCCCCCACAGUCUUUGCAUCUGGUUGAUGGGAGCAAGUUGAGUAGCCAAGAUGUAAGGGCACUCCACUCCUAGAACUAUUUAUCUUUUGAGCAUUUUCUACAUGGAGUAUGUAGUCUGAAUCACCAAAAUACAGCACAGAUAAUCCUAACAGAUUGCUUCUGUAGAUUUUUUUCAAGAGCACAGAGUCUGUUGGCCUUCACGUCUUAUUGUUAAUAGUACUUGGAACUAAAAUGUUACUCUUCCUCCUCACUCUUUCAUAAAUUGCUACCACUGAAAUCUCUGAUGUCAGAAAGGUGUGCUUUAAUUUCAGAAAGGAAAAUGUCAUGGUUGGAUGAACCUCAAGUGGCACUCUUUUUGCCUCUUGUUAUACAUUUUUACAUUUUGUAAAAAAAAAAAAAAAAAAAAAAAAAAAUGCAUUGUUAGCCAUGAUACAUGAAUCCUUAUAAAGAAAAUAUUUUAGUACUGUGGAAAGAAAAGAUUUAAAAUUAGUCUGAUGGAGUAAUAUGUCAAUCCAUGUAUUGUGAACAAUUGAUCAAAGAACAGUAGAAAUUAAAUUUAUAAAUAGUAGCCUAAAUAGGCAGUCUGUUUUUAGGAUGGUUUUUAUGACUGUAGAAUUAAGGUCUAGUUCCUACACAACUAAAGUGGACUAAUCUGUCCAUUGCUGCCUUUAUGGUGAUUUCAUUGCUUGCUGUAGAUGCAAUCUUGCUGGUGUGACAGUCAAACCAAGGUCCUUCUGUCUCAAAUCAUGUUGCUUUUACUAAAAGAUUGUGCUUGCGUGGUAAGUCAUACAUUUCCUUCUGUACAGUUUCAAACACUAGGGAAGGCAUCAGACUAACAGCUAAAAUGAGUAAUGGACAUUGAAAUUUUAUCACAUUUUUCACUCCAGCCGCUAGUGUUACAUUGCGCUGAAGUUGUAGCCCUUUGCCACUCUGUACUUUUUUGCCUGUUUGAAAAACUGGUUACAAGUAGGACUUCACUGAGGGAAAAAAAAUGAUGCAUUCAUCUGUCCAGGCUGUUGUGCAUGCUAAAAUCUUUGAAUUAAUUUCUACUCAUGUUUCACAAGUCUAAGGGAAAUUCUGCAAUGUACAUCAUCACUCACAUGUUGAUGUGCUAUAAUUGUACUGCCAGAAUUCAAUUUGCUACUUUGUAAAACACUGUUUGAAUGUCUUUUGAAAGGUGCUUUGUAAUACAUAGAAAACAUUCUCCUGGACUUUAUGGAUUUAAUCUCAACAAUCAUUUCUUGAGUCAAAGAAUCUUCCAGAUGUGCGAAUUGUUUGGUGCCAAGGGGUGUUCUGUACUCAUGUCUGUAGUACAAGUGAAGGGAAGAUAUGUGGACAUUUUUAGUUUGAUAUUUUCAGAGGUGAUUGUAAAGGAUUAUACUGGGACAGAGAAGGUGGAAUUUAGGAGCAGUUUACACCAUCUUGCACAUACCCUGGAGUGCUAUGUAAGCAUUUCAGUCUGCAAGUGUCUUUGGUCUUCAAAUUAAAUAGUCUGUCUAGGGGCAGAGUAUUAUGGACAAAAUAAUCACUGACUAAUAGAACAAUUUUUUUUAAUUCUAGUUAUAAAGAAAAACUCUAAUAUUUCUAACGAAACUGCAUUGAAUACAGCAGUGCUGCUCAGUAUCUCUGAAUACAAAUGUUUCAUUUUUGUCAAUAUGUAAAAAGUUACCUUGUGGCCUUUUUUAUUCUUGUAAUGCAAUGUAAAGAGUAAAAUGACCAGUGCCUAACAUUUCAUUGAAAAAGUAAGGCCUUUUACAACAGAGUAAGUAUUACUUUUAUUGUUAAAAUGCUAUGCCCUGUAAAGAAGAAAAUAAUAAAAUUAGGGUUAUUUUUCCAA